AUGAUUAAGGCUAUAUUAGUAUUUAAUAAUCAUGGAAAGCCUAGACUUUCUAAAUUUUAUCAAUAUUUUAAUGAGGAUAUGCAGCAACAGAUAAUAAAGGAAACAUUUCAACUAGUUUCAAAGAGAGAUGAUAAUGUUUGUAAUUUUUUAGAAGGUGGAAGUUUAAUUGGUGGAUCUGAUUAUAAAUUGAUCUACCGACAUUAUGCUACGUUAUAUUUUGUAUUUUGUGUUGAUAGUUCAGAAUCAGAGUUGGGAAUUUUGGAUUUAAUACAAGUUUUUGUUGAAACAUUGGAUAAAUGUUUUGAAAAUGUAUGUGAACUUGAUCUUAUUUUUCAUGUAGAUAAAGUUCAUUAUAUACUUAAUGAAUUAGUGAUGGGAGGAAUGGUUUUGGAAACUAAUAUGACUGAAAUACUUACAAGAAUUGAAGAUCAAAAUAAAUUGGAAAAACAAGAGGCAGGAAUCACAGCAGCGCCGGCGCGUGCUGUUUCUGCUGUCAAGAAUAUGAACAUACCACAACAGAUAAAGGAUAUGAAGUUACCUGAUUUACCACAAGCUAUAAAAGAUCUUAAAUUCUGACCAGCCGUUACUUCGUUGGCUCCAAGCUGACUGGUUUCAACUAUAAUUCCAAAUGAAAAUAAUACUACAAGGGUUUUUUUCCUUUUCCUUCAAGCAAACAAAAAUGCAUCAAUAUUAUCCACAAAUUAUUCUUCAUGAUAUUUCAUCUCAACAGAAUUAAUCAAUGAAGAUUUUCAAAGAAGAGGAUUUGUACUAUAUAAUUUAAGAAAGUUAUUUAUCUCUGACUUUAAAAUUAAAAAUUUGAAUUAUUGGAAGUAUUAUGUUCAAUAUAUAAAAGAAAAAAGGUAAAAAAUUUAUAAA